UGGCAACUUUAUACUAUUAUGUUUUCGUUUGGCUCGAUCGCGACGGGUUGCGUGUUUUGUAUUUGUUAAAAGUGAUCAUAUAUAAUAUUGUAAUAUUUAAUUUGGACUAGAAUCAACCAAUAACCACAAUGGCACUGGGCGGUGGUAUGUCUUGUGUGAAAUACCUGCUUUUCCUCUUUAAUCUUCUGUUUGCGAUUACUGGCUUGAUCAUUCUCAUAGUUGGUAUUACAUCAGAAAUCAAAUCAUCUCCCUACAUCGACUUGACAGAUGAACAAUUCUACACCUCUGGGCCUGUUGUGAUGAUCAUUGUGGGCAUCAUUGUAUUUGUGGUUGCCUUCUUUGGAUGCUGUGGUGCUGUCAAGGAGAAUCACUGCAUGAUCAUUACGUUCUCGGUGUUCUUGUUGAUCAUCUUCUUGGCUGAGCUGGCGAUUGGCAUCGCGGGCUACGUGAAGCAUAAGGACUUGGAGAACAGCAUCAAGCGCCACCUGAACGAAACGAUCAAAGAAUACCCGACGAAUGCCGACGUUCAACGGACAUUUGACAUCAUCCAGACUGACUUGAACUGCUGCGGCAUCAACGGACCCAAAGACUGGAGUAACAAUGGAAUUAAAAUUCCAAAUACCUGCUGCGCGGGUCUGCCCCACUCUAUAACUAGCGGCAGUUCCUCAGAUUGUACCAUCGAUUCGCCGACCCUCCGCACCGAUGGCUGUCUGAAUAAAGUCGUUGAACAUUUGCAAGAUAUCGCUGCGAUCCUCGGUGGCGUCGGCGUAGGCAUUGCUAUUGUGCAGCUUCUGGGUGUUAUAUUCGCUUGCUGCCUCGCUAGAUCGAUCCGCAGCCAGUACGAAACAGUUUAAAUUGGAACAAGUCAAAACAAUCUCGGUGUCUGUAGAACCUUAGUAUAUAAUGUAUAAUUAUAUUUUUUAAACAUGUUAUUUUUUACUUAAGUACAAUUCAGUUCAUAUGUAUACGUAAAGAAACUUUGUUGGAAUUUAAGAUUUUAUUCGUUUUCUAUUUAUUUUUGUCUGAUACAUUUUUUGAGAACUUUAUAGUUAUAAUUUUGUUACCUCGAAUAGCAUUAAUAGAAUAUAUCUUUUAUUUACAUUUUAAGCAUACCUUGUCAGUUUUGUUAGAAUUGUGUGACCCGCACAGUGCACAGUAUUUGAGACUUGUUUCACAUAAAAUCACGAGUGCUCAGUGUAAGACUGAUUUUUCGAAUAAAUUAUUCCUAAAUGCCAAUAUGAAUCUAGUAAUUUUAAUUUGUGUUAUGCAAAUCUUUGUAUUGAUUAAUCAAAUUGAAAAUAUGCGUUUCAUAAAUGUCUCACUAUAGUAAUAAGUACAAUCUUAUCGGUGUUAGAACAUCUAUUAUUACUAUUAUAUUAUAUACAAAUAUAGUUGUUUUAUAUCUCUCAUUACGUAAUUAGAUUGGUGUUUUAUAGUGUCUCUGGAAAUGUAUAUGUGCUAUUUAUAAUAAAAUCUCAUUAUCCAGCAUCAGUUUUUUUUUUAUUUAUUAGGUUCGUAUACAAUAAAACAGCAUUCAGUGUCCUAGUUACACACAUUUUAUUCUCCUAUUUUAUACCAUAAUAUAAAUUGUAACAUAGGAUGAUUACAAGGGGUCAGAGUUUAUACAUCAAGUUUUAAGGAACAUUCAGUCGCGUCAAUUAAAUACAGUUGUUGUCUUAUGCAAGCAACAUAGUUGUAAAAAUAACUAAAAAAAUCACAUUGACCAAAUAUACCCAGUCCGGAAUACAAUCGUAGUAUUCACCUCCUUGUAUGUCGCAAGCAUUUGAACCUCACAGCACCACUAAUUAAAUCACCAAAUUCAUCAAUUAAAAAUAUAAUGAACUUCAUCAUUACAAUAUCACCAAAACAUUCAUAUACGCGCGACAUACGCUUUUCGCUAAAAUCAUUACAAUACUAAAUCUAUUUAUUACUAAGGUUAAGACAUACAUUAUACAA